AUGGAACUGCGCGCCGGCGGAUCGUCGAGGCUGGGGUCGGCUGAGUCAGCGCGGGACCCCAGCUGCCUCGACUCGCUCGUGAAGCUGCGCCUGGCCGACCCAGCUGGAUUGAUCCGUGGCUUGUCCUCGUCUAUCCAGGUCCAGAGCUCGAUUGCAGCUCGCCCGUCAAUUCGGAGACCCUCCUCAACUCGUUAUCUUCGUUCCCAGGGGGAGCUUACGGAGACCCACCCCUUCUCCCUCCCUCCCCUAGACCAAGCGCCGUGGCACCUCCGCACCAUGUCGAAUCCCGCGCAGUCCUUCGACUCCCCUCGACGGUCGGCCAUGUUCGCGCGCCAGCCCGAGGAGUUGCACAUUCCUUCGACCGGCCUGAUCAAUCCGAACCUCGCCUCCCGCCAGCCGCCCUCCCACGACUACCCUACGACGCCUGACGCGGGCGCUGCCACCCAAGUCCCAGCAAUCAACGUCCACUCCAGCGCACAGCCCAUGCAGUAUGCAAGUGGGGGUGGGAACAGCAGUGGUGCCCUUCCUGGAUCUUUGACGCCGGGUGGUCAGAAUCGCCCGCCAGCCGUCUCGGUCAACACGGCCCCGUCGGUCAUUCCUACGUUGCCGCAGUCAACACCGCAGACCAGCCAUCGCUCGAGUAUGAUCAACUCGCACGGCCAUUCACGGUCCAGUCCAGCUGGCUUUGACCAGUCUCCUAUGUUCAAACAACACGGAGUACUGGAAGGGGCCAAGUAUCCUUCGUCCCCCGGAGCUGGGUUCCCGCCACACACCCCGCUGGGCUCCAAGUACUCCCCGUUGGGGUUGGCAGAUAUUCGACCCCCAGGUGACCAUCUUCUUAGCGAUGCACUGAUGAGCCCGGGGCUGCUCCCGUACAAUGGAGAUAACCAGGUUCCAACAAACAGUAACUACGUGGCACCAUGGCCCAUAUAUGCCGUCGAUUGGUGCAAAUGGCCGAUCUCUGGAAGCUCGAGCUCGUUUGGGGGCAAGUUGGCUGUAGGGAGCUAUCUGGAAGACAAUCACAACUAUAUCCAAAUCAUUGACACACAUUGGACUCAACCCGACCCAGAUACUCCAGACGCCGCAGCGGGUGAGAUUAAGCUGGACUAUGUCAAAACCGCUGAGGCAACACACUCCUAUCCUGUUACCCGCAUCCUUUGGGAACCACCAUCUUCCCAGAAGCAGUCCACGGAUUUGCUCGCCACGUCUGGCGAUCAUCUUCGGUUGUGGUCACUCCCCAAUGCCCAACCAUUGCAGAGCUCCAACUCCAUCACCCGGCCCUCUAGCCAAAGGGAUGCUCCCCCUUCCAAGCUCUCUCCAUUGGCACUCUUGUCCAACUCUAAAUCUCCCGAGCAUACCGCUCCCAUUACCUCCCUGGAUUGGAACACCAUAUCCCCGAGUCUUAUCAUUACCUCUAGCAUCGACACAACGUGCACAAUCUGGGACAUUCCGACCUUGACUGCCAAGACACAGCUCAUUGCUCACGACAAGGAGGUUUACGAUGUUCGAUUCUGUGCAAACAGCGUUGACGUCUUCGUCAGUUGUGGUGCUGAUGGAAGUGUGCGCAUGUUUGACUUGCGAAGCCUGGAGCACAGCACUAUCAUCUACGAGCCAUCAGACAAAAAUGAAAAGCCGGUAAUGAGCCCUGGCAAUUCAAGCCCAUCUGGCCCAUCACAGUCCGGCCUCUGGCCUCCGCCACUACUGAGAAUUGCAGCCUCUCCUCACGAUGCCCACCUCCUUGCCACCUUCUCCUCGGAUUCCAAUGUCGUCCGUGUUCUUGACGUGCGGCAGCCAGGACAAGCCCUUCUUGAGCUCAAGGGCCACUCCGCGGCUCUGAACUGUGUCGAGUGGUCCCCUAACCGACGCGGCAUCCUCGCCUCUGGAGGCGACGACAGCCUUGUUCUUAUAUGGGAUCUUAUCAACCAGCACAAUGCCGUGCCUCUAUCACCUCCUCAGGCGCCCGGCGCCCCAGCCCAAGCCACGACCUCCGAGCGCGGACCCGCUGCAGCAUGGCAGUGCGACUAUGAAGUCUCAAAUAUCAGCUGGUCCCCUCAGGGCGGCCCCAACCACUCUGGCCAGCCUCGCGAAUGGCUCGGUGUCUGCGGCGGACGAGGAAUAUGGGGCGUCUCAUUAUAA